AUGGUUGACACAAGCCUAAUUGCUAUAGUGUUUGGAACAUUAUUCACUGGUGCUGCCAACUCACUCCUCACAAAAUACCAAGACAAUCAAUGUGUCCACCACUGCAAUAAUGGCGAUCAACCACCACCACAAUAUUUCAACCAACCAGGCAUACAAACCCUCCAAAUGUUUUUAGGAGAGUUGUCAAUGUUUUUUGUAUACAUCGGAUACAGAUGGUACUACUCGACGUCUUAUAUUCAACUAGGUGACGGUCACGACGAUCAAGACCACGAACCAACAACAGAUAAAAGUGAAGGGAUUAUUGCCAUUUUCAAGCAUUGGAAAUUGGCCAUUCCAGCAAUAUGUGAUUUAAGUUGUACGACAUUGCUCAACAUUGGACUCAUUUACGUUCCUGUAUCCAUCUACCAAAUGACGCGUGGGUCAGUUGUGUUGUUUGUUGCGGUGUUAUCGGUCAUCUUUCUCAAACGCAAAAUAUCCAAAUUGCACUGGAUCGCGCUAUUUAUCAUUACUUUGGGUGUCGGAGUUGUUGGAUUGAGUGGGUCGCAGCAAACAAAUGAAACAGAGACAACAAGUCCGAAUAAUGCCGCUGGGUUGGUCAUAUUUGGAAUAAUAUUGAUUAUCAGCGCUACUUCAUUACAAGGUGUGCAAUUUGUCGUUGAAGAACAUAUAUUGGCCAAACAGCCAAUUAUUCCAUUACAGUUGGUUUACAUUGAGGGUUUUUUUGGUGCUACAACUAUUAUUACAUUUAUGGUGGUGCUUAAUUUCAUCUACAAGGCGAUCCAAUCACCCGAGGAGUUUGCCCAAUCGCCAUUCAAUAUUGUUGAGGCGUUUUCGCAAGUCUUCUCCAAUAGAACCGUUUUUGUAACAUCUUUACUUAUUAUGGCAUCCAUUGCCAGUUUUAACUUUUGCGGAUUAUCCAUAACCCACCGUAUCUCAGCCACUGCAAGGUCAACAGUAGACACUUGCAGGACUUUGAUUGUGUGGUUAUUUGCCGUAGUGGUGAUGCAAUGGGAACAAUUCAAGUUUUUGCAAAUGACAGGAUUUGCUAUCUUGGUGUUUGGCACAUUGUGGUUUAAUGGGGUUAUUGAAGUUGAAAAAUGGAGCUUCAUUCCAAACUGGUUGAAAGAUGAUGAUGCUGAAGAAGAUGAGAGGACGCUGAUUGAUGAAGCCUUAGAGGAGAGACUCAUUAGCUGA